AUGAUAAGGGCGAGUUUCAAGGACGUAAAGAUAGGCUGGAGAGUUACUCUCACAAUAACAAUCACAACCACAGAUUUACCCUCACAAUCAGUCACAAUCACAGCCACAGUUACUCUCACAAUCACAGCCACAGUUACUCUCACAAUCACAGUCACAACCAGAAAUUCACUCUCACAAUCACAGAAUGUAGAUACCCCGGGAACAGACGCCUUAAUUCCCUCCAGACGCUGUAGCCAGGCGACGAAACACGGGGCCCAGUGCGAAAAACCUGGCGAGAGCAUUGGCCCUCGUCAGCAGAUUCCACGCCUUCGCACUCAACCAGAGGGGGGAGUGACCGACGCGCAGGACCCAAGAACAAGCAAGGGGGAGCAGCAGCGCAGCAAGUCAGGCAUUCUAGCGCCGUAUAAGGAAUCGUCUUGGCGGCCGCCGCUGAACGAAGACUUCUGGCGAGUGCCCCAGCGCCGCCCCCACGAAAUCGCCAAGUUCGAAAAUCUUCCCACACUUUGCGUACCCACGUUCGAUCCCAUGAAUGAAUUUAGCUCACUCAAUCCCUCACCCUCCAACCCUCACCCUCCAACCCUCACACUCGAACCCUCACUCUCGAACCCUCACUCUGCAUCUCUCACUCUGCAACCCUCACCCUCCAACCCUCACACUCCAACUCUCACACUCCAACCCUCUCACUCUCCAACUCUCACACUCGAACCCUUAACCCUCCAACCCUCACUCUGCAACUCUCACACUCGAACCCUCACUCUGCAACUCUCACUCUCCAACUCUCACACUCGAACCCUUAACCCUCCAACCCUCACUCUGCAACUCUCACACUCGAACCCUCACUCUGCAACUCUCACACUCGAACCCUCACUCUGCAACUCUCACUCUCCAACCCUCACACUCGAACCCUCACUCUGCAACUCUCACUCUCCAACCCUCACACUCGAACCCUCACUCUGCAACUCUCACUCUCCAACCCUCACACUCGAACCCUCACUCUGCAACUCUCACUCUCCAACCCUCACACUCGAACCCUCACUCUGCAACUCUCACUCUCCAACCCUCUCACUCGAACCCUCACACUCGAACCCUCACUCUGCAACUCUCACACUCGAACCCUCACUCUGCAACUCUCACUCUCCAACCCUCACACUCGAACCCUCACUCUGCAACUCUCACUCUCCAACCCUCACACUCGAACCCUCACUCUGCAACUCUCACUCUCCAACCCUCACACUCGAACUCUCACUCUGCAACUCUCACGCUCCAACCCUCACACUCGGACCCUCACUCUGCAACUCUCACUCUCCAACCCUCACACUCGGACCCUCACUCUGCAACUCUCACUCUGCAACUCUCACUCUCCAACCCUCACACUCGAACCCUCACUCUGCAACUCUCACUCUGCAACUCUCACUCUCCAACCCUCACACUCGAACCCUCACUCUGCAACUCUCACUCUGCAACUCUCACUCUCCAACCCUCACACUCGAACCCUCACUCUGCAACUCUCACUCUCCAACCCUCACACUCGAACCCUCACUCUGCAACUCUCACUCUCCAACCCUCACACUCGGACCCUCACUCUGCAACUCUCACUCUCCAACCCUCACACUCGGACCCUCACUCUGCAACUCUCACUCUGCAACUCUCACUCUCCAACCCUCACACUCGAACCCUCACUCUGCAACUCUCACUCUCCAACCCUCACACUCGAACCCUCACUCUGCAACUCUCACUCUCCAACCCUCACACUCGGACCCUCACUCUGCAACUCUCACUCUGCAACUCUCACUCUCCAACCCUCACACUCGGACCCUCACUCUGCAACUCUCACUCUGCAACUCUCACUCUCCAACCCUCACACUCGAACCCUCACUCUGCAACUCUCACUCUGCAACUCUCACUCUCCAACCCUCACACUCGAACCCUCACUCUGCAACUCUCACUCUCCAACCCUCACACUCGAACCCUCACUCUGCAACUCUCUCUCUCCAACCCUCACACUCGAACCCUCACUCUGCAACUCUCACUCUCCAACCCUCACACUCGAACCCUCACUCUGCAACUCUCACUCUGCAACUCUCACUCUCCAACCCUCACACUCCAAUCCUCACACUCAAACCCUCACUCUGCAACUCUCACUCUCCAACCCUCACACUCGAACCUUCACUCUUCAACCCUCACCCUCCAACCCUCACCCUCCAACCCUCACCCUCACACCCUCACCCUCAAACCCUCACACUCCAACCUUCACACUCGAACCCUCACUCUGGAACUCUCACUCUCAAACCCUCACCCUCCAACCCUCACCCUCACACCCUCACACUCCAACCCUCACCCUCCAACCCUCACCCUCCAACCGUCACCCUCCAAUCCUCACCCUCCAACUCUCACCCUUCAACCCUCACACUCGAGCCCUCACUCUGGUCUGUGUCUCUGUCCCCGCGCCGGCGCCGUGGGCCGAGGAGGAGGAUUUCGCCAUGA